GGCACCGAGCAAUGGGAGUGCACGAGGCGGUCUGACAAACUCGUUGCGCGUUUAUGCGCUCGAAGUAAGGAGACUACACCCAGACAAUAGGUUCUCUUCGCUACUGGAUGUUACAAACUACUUCGGCGCGUUACACAAAUGGAAAUGCAUUUUUUCUUUAUGUAUGUUUCCUUAAACCACCUCGUUCGUCCCUUUUAGUUUCCUUUUUUUAUUUUCACUUUCUGGACAUCUUGUACCUGCUUGCUGACCGCCUGGCACGUUUCCCUUAAAUCCCAGUACCAUCCUCAUCCUCCCUUUCAUCGUUUCACAACCUCGGCACCCAAAACACCCCUUUUCAUAUUACAGCUGCACGUCUUCGGUUCGGGCGGAUCCGUCGGUUACUCUGAAACAAGCGCUUCAUGGGGCAAGCGCCCUCCCUCGGAAGAUGUCCCUCUCUUGGCCUCUAAGCUUCCCACCGACGGUUACAGCGUUUGGACUGGGGCUGCCGUUGCUCUUCUGUAAAUUGUGUCCGCGUCGCCUGGGCUUUCGGGGAAACUGAGAUGGGUUUCACGGCGGCAGCGGUGUUACAGCAGCCUCGACGCCCGUGGAGCCUCAUAGUGAGAGACUGGCUGUGGAUUGCUGUCGUCUCGUUUAUCGCUACUUUCCCGGUGCAACAACUUCGCGCAUUUCCGUCUUCCCUUAGUGACUGUCAGACUCCGACGGGAUGGAACUGCUCGGGUGAUGAUGAUCGAGACACAGAUCUCUUCCUCUGUGACACCAACACUUGCAAGUUUGACGGUGAAUGCCUUCGAAUUGGGGACAUUAUAACAUGCAUUUGCGAUUUCAAGUGUAACAACGACUAUGUCCCAGUGUGCGGCUCCAAUAACGAGAACUAUGAGAAUGAGUGUUUGCUGCGGAGGGAUGCCUGCAAACAGCAGACUGAGAUUCUGGUGCUCUCCGAGGGAUCAUGUCCUGUUGAGGCUGGCUCAGGAUCUGGGGAUGAAGGGAACGAGGGCUCGGCUGAGAAUGGACAGAAGGAGACGUCCACCUGUGACAUCUGCCAGUUUGGGGCCAGCUGUGAUGUGGAUGCAGAGGAUGUGUGGUGUGUGUGCAACAUCGACUGCUCCCACAUAAGCUUCAACCCAGUGUGCGCCUCGGACGGCCGUUCCUAUGACAACCCAUGUCAGGUGAAGGAGGCGUCCUGUCAGAGGCAGGAGCGAAUCGAAGUCAAGUUCUUGGGCCACUGUCAGGGUGACAUGAUAACAGGAACUAGUCCUGGGGAUGGACACUACGUCAGGGCAGACUACCCAGAGGAGAAGCCCGAGGUGUCAGAGGUGGCACGAGGACUUUACAUCCCUUGUCCAGAGCAUUACAAGAACUAUUGCGUACAUGGAGACUGUGAAUAUCCCAACAUGCUCUCAAUACCAUCGUGCAGCUGUCACUCAGGCUUCAUUGGCCCCCAGUGUGACACUAAAGAGUACAAUGUUCUGUACGUUGGUUGCCAGGCUCCGGGAAAACUCCGCUACGUCCUCAUUGCCUCCAUCAUUGGGGCCCUGCAAGUGGCCAUAAUCUGUGUGGUGGUGCUCUGUAUCACCCGGAAGUGCCCACGGACUAACCGAAUCAACCGUCAAAAGCAAAACGUCACGCACUACAACUCUGAGAACACCCUUCGCGCCUCCACCCGCCUCAUCUAAGUGUUGGGGCUACAGAACCAUGGGAACCGGGUGAUCCGGGGGAACCGCAGAAUGUAGAGAACAGAGAUGCAAAAUGGCUGCUCCCACCUUGCUCUCGGGGGGUGGGGGGUGCACCGGACUGGACCACUAGACAGAGGGGAGGGGGAAGGAGGGGGAGGACGAGGGGAACAACACGCGAUGCCUUGCACCUGUGGCACAGGACACAAACAGAGAGGAUCGUAGGAGACCACAUUAGGACAAGUCCUGUUAUUUGAUUAUGUAUGGGUAAUAUUUCCAAUAGUUUCUUUGUUUGUCUUGAUGGGGUCUUUUUCUGUAAAUGUAAAUAAAUAAUUUAUAUCACAAA